AUCCGCUCUACGUUUGCAUUACGUAGUCGUUAUCUGCCGGAAGAAGUGCGCGUAGUGUUUUUUACUGGGAUAAGUUCCAAUAAAAAUGGCAUGAAAAGACUUAUUGAAGAACAAAAACGCCAUGGAGAUAUUGUACAAGGUAACUUUGUCGAUUCGUACCAUAAUCUUACACAUAAAGCUGUCAUGGCGUUAAGAUGGAUUUAUGAAUAUUGUUCAUCAGCCAGAUACGUGAUCAAAUCGGACGAUGACGUAGUGUUUGAUACCAAAAUGUUUUUCGACAAAUUGGCACCCACCAUUGUCUCUGAGAAAAAAACUCUUCGGUGUACCGUCUGUCCCAGAAGUAUGAUUUAUCGUGUAGGGAAAUGGGUAGUGGUUAAAGACCAAUUUAAAGGCUUUGAUUACUGGCCAUGGCCUUACGGUGCAGGUUUUGUGGUAUUGAUAUCUAGUGACUUAUUAACAACUCUCUACAGAGCAGCCAUUAUAUCUCCAUUUUUCUGGGUGGAUGACGUUUAU